AUGGCACUUUCACUGCUUGGCCCGUCCGCGUCCGUGAUAUCUGUUAACAGAACACGAUUAAUUGCUAAUCUAUCGAGGAAGAGAAUUGAGUUUGGACUUCGGCUACGUGCCGCCGCGCCGCGUAGCGAUCGAACGGGACACGACGACGAUGACGUUCGAAAGAUCGGUCGGUCGCCGUCAUCAGGGGAACGCAACGAGGCCGACAUCGACCAGCGUCCAGCCUCGUUUCGAUUGCAAGUCAACUCGACGAAGAAGCGUGUCGCCGCUUCUGCGAGAAACGGGAUAAACGGACAGCGCAGGUUGCGACAAACGGUCAUAAAGCAGAUGGAAGGCAUAGCGAGGAAAGCUGAGACUAGACAGACGCAAGAAAGGUGA